AUGAAGACGAACCGCCGCGGCCGAGCGCUCCUGGCCGUGGCCCUGAACCUGCUGGCGCUGCUCUUCGCCACCACCGCCUUCCUCACCACUCACUGGUGCCAGGGCACGCAGCGGGUGCCCAAGCCGGUCUGCGGCCAGGGCGGGAGCGCCAACUGCCCCAACUCGGGCGCCAACGCCACGGCCAACGGCACCGCCGCCCCCGCCGCCGCCGCCGCUGCCGCCGCCGCCGCCGCCGCCGCGGGGAACGGCCCCCCUGGCGUCGAGCUCUACAGCUGGGAGACAGGCGACGACCGCUUCCUCUUCAGGAAUUUCCACACUGGCAUCUGGUACUCGUGCGAGGAGGAGCUCGGCGGGCUCGGUGAAAAAUGCCGCAGCUUCAUUGACCUGGCCCCAGCAUCAGAGAAAGGGGUCCUGUGGCUGUCGGUCGUCUCCGAGGUGCUGUACAUCCUCCUGCUGGUGGUUGGUUUCAGCCUCAUGUGUCUCGAGCUCUUCCACUCCAGCAAUGUCAUCGACGGGCUCAAGCUCAAUGCCUUUGCGGCGGUCUUCACGGUGCUCUCAGGCCUCCUGGGAAUGGUAGCCCACAUGAUGUACACGCAGGUGUUCCAGGUCACCGUGAGCCUCGGCCCUGAAGACUGGAGGCCCCAUUCCUGGGACUACGGGUGGUCCUUCUGCCUGGCGUGGGGCUCCUUUACCUGCUGCAUGGCAGCCUCUGUCACCACGCUCAACUCCUACACCAAGACGGUCAUUGAGUUCCGGCACAAGCGCAAGGUCUUUGAGCAGGGCUACCGGGAGGAGCCGACCUUCAUAGACCCUGAGGCCAUCAAGUACUUCCGGGAGAGGAUGGAGAAUGGGGAUGGGCACGAGGAGGACUUUCGCUUGGAUUGCCGCCACGAGAGAUACCCUGCCCGUAAGUGGCCUCACCUGCAGGAGCCAGUGCUGCAGAUUCGGCUUUUUAUGCCUGAUCUCCUGUUCUUGCUGACCGCCAACCCCUACAGCUGGGAUUUCUAA